CUCACUGCCGCGGCCCUGCUGCUCACCGCACAUGCCUCCCCUCCCCAGGCCGCGGCCCAGCUGACCCCCCGGGCUCCCCCUGGCAGCGGACAGGGAAGGGUUAAAGGCCCCCGGCUCCCUGCCCUCUGCCCUGGGGAACCCCUGGCCCUGUGGGGACAUGAACUGUGUUUGCCGCCUGGUCCUGGUCGUACUGAGCCUGUGGCCAGAUAGAGCUGUUGCCCCUGGGCCACCUCCUGGCCCUCCUCGAGCUUCCCCAGACCCUCGGGCCGAGCUGGACAGCACCGUCCUCCUGACCCGCUCCCUCCUGGCGGACACCCGGCAGCUGGCCGCACAGCUGAGGGACAAAUUCCCAGCUGAAGGGGAUCACAACCUGGAUUCCCUGCCCACCCUGGCCAUGAGUGCAGGCGCGCUGGGAGCGCUGCAGCUCCCUGGUGUGCUGACUAGACUGCGAGCUGACCUGCUCUCCUACCUGCGGCACGUGCAGUGGCUGCGCCGAGCAGGUGGCCCUUCCCUGAAGGCCUUGGAGCCCGAGCUGGGCGCCCUGCAGGCCCGGCUGGACCGGCUACUGCGACGGCUGCAGCUCCUGAUGUCCCGCCUGGCCCUGCCCCAGGUGCCCCCAGACCCACCGGCGCCCCCUUUGGCCCCACCUGCCUCAGCCUGGGGAGGUGUCAGGGCGGCCCACGCCAUCCUGGGGGGACUGCACCUGACGCUGGACUGGGCCGUGAGGGGGCUGCUGCUGCUGAAGACUCGGCUGUGACCCCAGAUCCAAAGCCACCAUCGUCCUUCAAAGCCAGAUCUUAUUUAUUUAUUUAUUUCGGGGCUGGGGGCACAGCAGCCAGGUGCUACCCCCAUCUUCUCCCCCUAGUCAGAUACAGUCCUUCCGUGAGACCUGGGGGGGCAUCUGUGCUCUAUUUAUACUUAUUUAUUUAAGCAGUGGGGUGUGGGAGGCAGGGGGACUCCCGGGUCCCUGAGGAGGAGGCAGCUGGGACCCUGGGUGCUUGACUCCAGAAGUCUGUCCGCUGUGCCUUCCUGGCUCCCACCCUCUGGGCCCGGGCAGGAACGUAUAUAUUAUUUAUUAAACAGUUACUUUUUGUGUUGGGAUAGGGAGGGAGGGAAGAGGGAAGCCUGGGUUUUUGUACAAAAAUGUGAGACAGAGAACGAGGAAUUAAAUUUGUCACACAGAUCCA